GUGUUCAAACGCUUUGUCGAGAUUGGCAGAGUUGCCUUCAUUUCCUUCGGGCCACAUGCUGGCAAGCUGGUGGCCAUUGUGGAUGUUAUUGACCAAAAUAGGGCUCUAGUUGAUGGCCCCUGCAGUGGUGUCAGGAGGCAGGCUAUGCCCUUCAAGUGCAUGCAGCUGACCGACUUUGUUCUCAAGUUCCCACACAGUGCUCGUCAGAAGUGCGUGCGACUUGCCUGGGAGAAGGAAAACAUAAAUGAAAAAUGGGCAGCAACAAGAUGGGCAAAGAAGAUUGAAGCCCGAGAAAAGAAAGCCAAAAUGACCGACUUCGAUCGCUACAAGGUUAUGAAAGCGAAGAAAAUGAGAAACAGGAUCAUCAAGCAUGAAAUGAAGAAGCUCCAGAAGUUGUCUUCUAAAAAAGGCAAGAAGCCAGAGAAACCAGAGAAGUCAGGGAAGCAAGAAAAGGCACCCAAGGCACCCAAGGCUGAGAAGGUGCAGAAGGCACCGAAGGCACAGAAAUAAAAUGAACUUCUAGUUAUGUCUGACUCUGUGUCCUUGUUCUGAUUCUUCAGAAUUGACAAAUGGUUAAACAUGAGUUGAAUUGUAAUCAUAAGUUCACUUUUGCUUCUGACCAA